CAUUCCUCUGGACCAACAGCCCCUACAAUCCGGAGAGCUUCUCUAGGAUCUUGGCAGAAAGCUCAUUCCAGCUAGAAGUCGCCGGGAAAAUGUUGGUGAAGCGGCGAAAUCGAAAAUGCAAGAGACUUCAUUGGGUAAUGAAAGAAUGAACAAUAAUAACACCAACAACCGCAACAAGAAGAAGAAAUCUGAGGAAUAUAGUAAAGAAGAGCCCGAGGUGGUAGCCACGGCUACUGCCGUGGCGGUUCCAGCGCCGUUCCUCGUCGGCCGAAAUCGAUCUCCCUCAAGGAAGCUCGUUCUCUACACCAAACCAGGUUGCUGUUUGUGCGAUGGCCUCAAAGAAAAGCCUCAAGCAGCUUUUUUAGUUGCCGGCCCAGAUUCCCUCCACGAUGUUCAUUUGCAGAUAAGAUCACGUCCAAUUACCGACUGCCGCGACCACCGCCCAUAGUGGCAGCAUCGGCAGCGAAUGAGUGGUACUGGAACAGACAAGGGAUAGUGAGCGGGUUGGGUCCUUUGGGAGAUGCAAAGCACCCAAACAAUAAUAACCGUCACAGUCAUGGAAUAGGUGCUCAGCAACAUCAAAUUUCAAGCAUAAAUGCGGAUUCAGCAGCUGCCAUGCAUCAGAUUUCUUCUUCCUCCGUCCCCUUCCCAGAUCUGUAGAUCUGGGACUUGCGACCUUAAAAAAGGAGAAGAUUUCUCUUAUUUUUUUCUUCCUCCGUCACACCGUAGAUCUGGGACGUUUCAGAGAGAGAGAGAUAUUAGAUAUAGAGGAAGAAAGGACUUUGAACGAAGAAUAGAGGAGAAAAAACUCACCGACCUCCGAUUGAAGUUCGUGGUGGUUCCAGCGGUGUUUUUCGUCGGCUGGAGUCGACUUCCGCCAGAGCUCCGCUGUUCUGUUUUUGCAGCGACCUCCGUCGAUGACAAGUUAAAAGCAAGGAUACAAAUGUAAUUUUACAUAGGGGUAUAACGGGCAUUUUACUUUUUUCGUCC